CACCCGUACAUGUUAAUUGCGCCCGGCAGGCCCGGAAUAGUGCGCAUGCGCCAUCCUUUUACAUGGCGUGUGUCCUUAUUCCAGUUGUAGCUGCGGGAGCGGUGGCUGUCGUCCUAGUCUUGAGACUAUGGAUCGUGUGUCGGUCCCAGGAUGUUACGCCCCGGGAGUCUCUCAGUCUUUUGGUAGUGGCUGGGUCCGGUGGGCACACCACAGAGAUCCUGAGACUGCUUGGGAGCCUAUCCAGUGCUUACUCACCUAGGCAUUACGUCAUUGCUGACACUGAUAAAAUGAGUGCCGAUAAAAUUAAUUCUUUUGAACUAGAUCGAGCUGAUAGAGACCCCAGUACCAUGUUUCUCCAGAUUUACAGUGCACCCGUGAACAAAGCCGUGCGGGAACACUCUGCCGUCAUGGAUAGCAGAUACUACAUUCACCGAAUCCCAAGAAGCCGUGAGGUUCAGCAGUCCUGGCUCUCCACAGUGCUCACCACCCUGCACUCCAUGUGGCUGUCCUUUCCCCUCAUUCACCAAGUAAAGCCAGAUCUGGUGUUGUGUAAUGGACCAGGAACAUGCGUUCCUAUCUGUAUCGCUGCCCUUCUUCUUGGAAUACUAGGAAUAAAGAAAGUGAUCAUUGUCUACGUGGAAAGCAUCUGCCGAGUAGAAACUUUAUCCCUCUCUGGAAAGAUUCUGAUUCAUCUCUCGGAUUACUUCAUUGUUCAGUGGCCAACUCUUAAAGAGAAGUAUCCCAGGUCUGUGUACCUUGGACGAAUCGUUUGACAAGUGGAAACGUAUCUUUGGAAUUGCAGUUGACAAUAUUUACUAUGACCUGUUAUUGUGAAGGCUUCCGAAAGUCAUGAUAAUUAUUGAUGGUCAGAAGUUUUAGAAAUGUGCAAAUAACUCAGUGAAGAAACUGAAGCUUCUCUUAUAAGAUAAACAUUACUAUGUGGUACUUAUCAAAUAUUUAUGCCUGUAUAUCCCAGAUUUCUUUACUAGAUAAAAGUAUGUAUCACUGUCUGCAAGCUUCUUUUGACUAUUUCAGUAGUAUUUUUUAAACCUGAAUAUAGUUUGUGUGAUGAAUAACAUUUCCUGUUCUACAGGGAAAAAAAAAAUUCUCCAUUGUAAAAAGAAACAAAAAAAAGGUAUUUCUUAGUUUUUGUUCAGAUACAACAGGCUUCAUUUCCUGUAUAGAAGCAGUGAUGUCCCCAGGGAAUUAUUUCAGCAUAGAGGAAACAGUUAUAUUAAGUUGGCUUCGUGACAGUUUGCACUCUGUUGGCUUCCAGCACCUUGAGCAUAACCAGGGUCUUUUUACUCUUCAGUCUUGCUUUUUGAGUAGCUGGCUUCAAUCUGGAAUAUCUUCUGAAAUCUCCACAUUGUUAAAAUAAAAGGUGGCCACUGUUGUGGAAAUAAAACUUGUUAUCAGGAAUCUAAACUCUUAAACCAUUAAAAAUUUGUCGUAAUAAAUUCACAA